UAAAUUCGAUUCGAUUCGAGUAAAAUUUCAUCGACUCGAUUUGAUUUGAAUUCGAAAUUGAAAUCUGAGAUUCGAUUCAAUUCGACAUAAAAAAUCUUUGAUUCGCACAUCUCUACUUUUUAGUACAGGAUAAUAAAUAAAAACCAUAAACCAAUUUAAUCCAUGUACCCCAUAAAAAUCAUUUAUCAAACGAUUCUCUCUUUCGCUUUUGAAAAAAAACUCUUGUUUCGAAAAAUGAAAACUUAUAAAUAAAAGUAUGAGUGCCGUUUACAUAUCCUUAUUAUCUGAGUAACUUUUUUUUAUAUAUUUGUAUAAAUUGUUUAAAAAGAAUCUAAAAAACAAUCUAGAUAAAUUACAUAACCAUUUCACUUUUUAUCAAGGCUGCGUGCGUUUUGGGUGCUUACACACUGCAAGCGUCAUUCUAUCUUCCUUCCGUAUGUAAUGAACGAUAAAGAUAGAAUGACGCUUACAGCGCGUGAACGCUCAAAGCGAAUGCAGCUCUUGAUGCUUUAAAAGCGAAAUCAUCUCCAUCUCAUCUAAGAUGGAUUUACGGAUUUUCAUCUCGUCUUCAUCUAGAUAAUUUUAAAACCAUCUAAGCGCAACACUGGGUCGCUGGAUUACUCCCUGUCGACGUGGACGUCAUGUCCGUGCGUUAUGGCCGACGAAAACGGUGGAGUCGCACGACGACCGUCGACGUGUCAAUAUGCGGUACCGUAAGGACCGACUCGAUUCGUCGUAUUGACCGCUCAUGACUUUCAACUUCCUGUUGCUGGUACGCGUUCGCUUCCUCUAUCCACUCUUUAGCAUCCCGUAUAACUGUCGAGUCGCCUCCCAUACAGCACGAAUAUCCAAAAUCCUAGAGAUAUCAAAUAUCAUACGGGUUAUAAGUAUUCUUUCAACUAACAAAAAUGUGAUCAAACUGCAUAAUAUAAAUAAUUCCCAAAAGAUGAAAAGAGUUAAGUAAAUCAGACGAUAAGUACAUUCAUCUUUACAAGAUUACCUUUGAUAUUUACAAGAUUUGUUCAACUAGAAGAAAUCAUUACAACAGGUUCCUCAAGAUUGUUGAGUAAGUUACAAUACGCAGAGUUUGGAUGUACCACUCAGUGGCUAUCGACAGAUCUGGCUCGCUCGAUAAAUUCUCGUCAUGGAGAAACAUAAAUGAGCAAGCUUCAUCACUUGAAGCUUAAUAUAAUAUGUAAGCGUAUGUGUAUUGCUUGAGACUACCUGGGACUUGACUGUAUAGGACCGCCCUUUUUGAAGUCGUUUUCUGGCUUCUGCCACCUUCAGUUGUGAACUAUUAUGUCUUUUAUUCUUAAGUUGAAGUUGUUAAUUAUCUUUCAGAUAAUAAACAGAAUAAACGCCGUUUAAAUUAACGGUAUAUCAUGGGUACAUAUCACAUAGAGAAAGAUUUUAAUGAAAUAUUACAUUAUUCAAGGGAGAAAAGUUGAGUUACUCAUUGAUAUACUUGACAGCUCAUUUAGUUAUCGUUACUUUUCGGAAUAGUCAAACCAAUACCGUGGUUAAACAAUUUUAUUGAAUGCUUAGCUCGUUUGAUAUAAGAGAUUACAAGAACAUCAAAAGUGUGUUGGAAGAAUUAAGACAAUUAAUUCAUCAUAUACAAUCCACAAAUUAAGUUUGCUCAACUCGAUUCUAGUUCUAAUCAAUGUUUUAUAAUGUAAUAACAAGUUAUAACAGGUAAGAACCUAGAAAACUAAUAUACGGUUUCUUUGAAUGGAUAAACGAACAGGAGAGAAUACGAACAUUUCAAUAAUGAUAAUUUUUGAUGAUUAAUUUGAUGAUUUCUGAUAACAAAAGGGUUGGGAGCGUUUGAAAAUAAAAAUAAAUUUAAUGGAAAGAAUAACUUUGCUGGAAAAAUAAAUGCAGGGGAGAGAAAAAAGAUCGUUCUGUCCUUCUGUUAGUUUCUUCAAAUAUCUUUCCGAGUAAGUAAAAUAAAAAGAGAGAAACCGACAUAAUAAUGAUGUAUGAUUCUAAAAUCGCAGACGAUCAGUUGGAUCUGCUGGCUUCUUGCCGUCUGCAUCUGCCUUUCCGACGCGAAAAGUAAGAUCAGGAGACCUUUGCCGCCGUCGUACGCGCUCGUUCUGAAGAAACCACGGCCCAUUAGUCACAGAAUAUCCAUGGGCAAUACCAUUCAUAUUGGCGGUAAUUUCCCUCAGAGAGUACCCUACAAGCAACAAUUACAGGUCAAUUACAGAGUUCGUCGGCCAGUGUACAAUGUCUUGCCGAUUGGCUGGAAGAACCAAGUCCCGAUACGCGCGACUUUGAACAAUCGCGCGGUGCUGCCGCAACGCGCUCCCGUCAAGGAGUUUCAUUCUGUGAACAAGAUGCCGGAAUACAGUCCGGAAUAUAGACCGGAGCUGGUGGUCUUGCCUGCCACUCAUCGAGGAAGCAUCGAUGACGAUAAAGGGCCCAUCCACACGAUUCCAGCACCGAACUUAAGCCCGGCCGAUAAGCCUUACAACUCGGCGAACGACCUGAAAGACAUCGCGGAUCGCCGUCCGUACUCGAGUGAUCUUAAUUAUCACGCCACUGCGCAAAAUUCCAACAUCGUGACCAACGUCGGAUUAGCCGCGAUCGGCAACGGUCUGUCGGCGCAGAAAACAGCGACGAAUCCGAGCACACCACAGCAUCAGUACGAAGUUACGGAGAGCAACGACGCGACGGUGCUGAAAGAUCACCAAGUCGCCGUGCAAUCGGCGACCAUUCAGCCUCAGGAUCUCGACGUAACCAGACUCUACUCGACCAUAGUCAAUCCUCAUCCGCAGUCCAACGAACUGUUUGUGAAUCACCCGGUUAACGGGCCAAGUGUGAUGCAGUUCGGCCAGUCGAGCGCGCCGAUGCAGACGAAUCUUCAUAGUUCCCUGCACGUCGGCUUUCCCGCCACUGCCGUUCAGCCGUACACCGUGACACAGCAAAUCCCCGAACUGCACGUGGGCCAUCCGGCACCGGCUGGACCACCGUUGUCGGCCACGCAACUCUAUGAUCUGCUGAACAAUUUCCCGCACAAACUUACAGAACAAUAUACACCAGAUCAGCAGCACAUUCUUCAGCAACAACUUGACCAAAUUCUUCAACCAGACACGAUAACGAGCUUCUCCCAACCGCAGAUGCAUUCUUUCAAUUAUGACGAACAAGCUAACCAACAACAACAAGCUAACCAACUGCAACAACAGCAGCAGCAGCAACAACAAAUCUUGCUCGAUCAAGAUUAUGCCACGGGGAGUGUGACAGCAGAUUACAAUCUCGAUCCGGAGUCCUCGAUAGACGCGCGUAAGCAGAACAACAAUUUGCGCGCGAAAGAAGAAUUGACAUAUCCUGUAGACGGAGUGGAGCAAUCAGAGAAUAACAUUGAGUACGAAGGAGCGAGCCAUCAAAGAAGCCCGACGCCGUACUCGAAGAGGACGGGUAACGUUGGCGGUGCGAUAGCAACGAAAUUUUACACGACGCUUCCCAACAGAGAAGCCGCCGAGAAACUAGCUGCGUUAGCCGCCGCGGGCAAUGUUAACAGUCGUCUCAUAGGCCAGCUGCGAAAGCAGCAGCAAGAAAAUGUGCAGAGCAACGAGUCAAUGCCGUCUAAUCACAAGAACGACGACAACGCGAGCCAACGGACGCGAACCGACGGCGAUCAGCUGCAAAAAUACGAUCAAUACAAGUACCAUAGGAAUCAACAGCAACGUCGUAAGCCAAGUUACAAAGUGCAGAACGACGAGAAGUUACCUCUGCAAAUAACGGUACCCGAAGAGGACGAGUACGUGGUUGACGAUCAGCUGAGUGAUAUAAAGAAAGACAACGUAGACAUGGAGUACGAGUAUGAGGGUGAAGACGGGGAAGUCGAGGAGUCGCAGGAAUCCGCCGCUUCGUUCGACGGAGAGAUCACACCCCAGGACAAUGAUCCUCACGCUGAAUUUGGCAGCCGCCUGCGAUCAAAGACUAGAGAAUGAGACUGUUAACGUGCGUGUGUGCAACGGUAGACAAUAAAACGUUGGACAUGCAUUAUCCCGAAAAAUUGAAAUCUCGAAAUUUAGCAAUUGGAACAAUUUCCCAGAAAGUCAUGUCGACAUCCGAAUGCCAAGACAAUAUUUGUUAUUUGUUAAUAUAUUGUUAUUAUUAUACUGAAAUGUUCCUGAAAUAUACAGUUGUUUCGAGGAGAAACUGUUUCUAUCUCAGAAACAAUAUACACAAGUGUAUUGAUAUCUGCCCAUUUGUGGUACAUACAUUCUCUUAUUCUACUUAAAUGAAUAGAUAUUAAUACAGUCGGAUGUGUAUGUAACAAGAUUUCAAUAUUUCGGCAAAAUUAUAUUUUAAACAAUUGUUUCGAUAUUCGAAUUUCGAUGUUGUGUCUGUUGUCUUGAGGAAAUUGUCUACUUUUAAAAUUUUGGUACAUGUUUUCGGUAUAAUGCAUAUCCAUUAAUAAAAUAAUCGACGACUGCCAGAGAGAAAGACAGGUAGAAUAUAUCGCAAUAUUAUUUAUACAAUGUUAUUUAUUUAGUAGACGCUAAUGUAUUUAUUCGACAUGUUGAUAAAGGUCAAGCGUUGCAAAUCGUUGUUCUCAUCUAUAGAAUUUCACUUUCUUUAUUUCAAACAUUCGCACAUGAUCGAUUACUAUAUUGUAUGUACAAUAGUUAUCAUAUCACGGUAAGUUAUUAGUAAUUUGAACACGCGAACCUCCUCACGUUUAAGGUUCUUUAUACCUCGCCGCGGCCAUGUUGAAUUUAUGACGUCGAAGCGAAGGACAACAUAUUGACGAAUAGUUAUAUAAUAAAUGGUGAAAUGAGAUAUGCAGACAAAACAGACUCAUUUCAUCAUUUCACAUGAUCAUUGAUAAGAGAAAGAGAUAUUUUUCGGACAAUUUCACAAUUGUGCUCAAACAAUCUCAAAUGCUCUUUCGUCUAUAUUUAUUUUUAUUCAGAAAUGACACGUAACUUUCGUUAGCAUGUCAUUCCUCACUUCUGGCGUCACAAAUCCGACAUGGCCGGUGAGGUACUGGGAGCCUUAAAUAUAAAUUAUGGUGUAUCGGUUCGUCAAGCUCCGGCGUUAAUUACCUUUUAUCACCUAAAAAAUUUAGCAGUCUGAAUUUGGGCACCAUAUCAACAAAUGCACGUAAUAAAGACUUCUAUAAAAUUGAGAAUAACUCAAUAACGCCAUUUGUGGGAUAUUAGUACAAAAACAAAAGCAAAAAUUAUCGUACUUUAUCGUAUCUUGCAUCUGUGUUCAAAUUCAGACACAAGAUAUGAUUAAAAUGCGUAACGGAACUUCAGAAGCACAAGUCACACGCGUUAUGAAAAGAAUUUAUACAUAAGUAUGUACACAGUUCUUCUAUAUUUCAUUUGUACAUUCAAAAAAUUUCAUCACAUGUAGAAGAAAGUAUCAUUAUAGAUUACAAAAAAAAGGGUAUAAAAGCCAGUCUAGAUAACAACUUAGUUGCAAAAUUGAGAAGAUUUGUAUAAAAACUUUACAUCGCGUGUGUCUAUUUCCAGUUCCAUUUCCGCAGCAAUUGGAACUAUUUUACGAUUUCGCAAUAACUUAU